CGGGAGUCCGGUUGCAUACGGACUACCGCUCUUUUUUAGUGUCUUUCUUGUAAUUGUGUUGACCGGCCAUGCCCUGGGGGCUUAUCUUGGAUAAAAAAAACACAUAUACCGAUAAAGAUAUGUAUAAAUCAUACUCCUAUGACGUCUUAUUAAGACCGACAUCAACAAUAUGUCUACCAACACAUAACAUAACUACAGACAAUAAUACUAUUAAAACACAGGGGCAAGCAAAACAAUUCAUUUUAAUGGUACUGAUACUCAACCAAUAUCAAAGCAUGCACAUCCUACAACCAUUAUGCAGACACUCCGCAUCCAACUCAAUUUCAAUAUUGAAUACCAAUCCAUCAAAACAGAUAUACACCAAUACCAAUGUACACACUACCAAUAAAAUGUAGCAUCACUACCAAAACAAUAAGCACCAGAAUACCAUUCAUACCCUUUGUAGUAAUCACCGUAACCGCUCCCUCUUGGAACUCCAAGUUUGUCAAACACCAACUAGUUCAUAUAACUAGAAAGAAAAAAUGUUGAGUUUUUUUUUUUUGUCUAUUUGAUUACCAUGGGAAGAUUAGUUUUGCGUCAUUUAUCCAUAACAAUUUCAACAAGUUUCUCAAAUUAGUUUCUUAUUGAUGCAAUCUUUCAGCGUGAUCUGAAUAAAAUCACCAUAACAUUUAGCCCAUGUUUGGCAAACAAAUAGACAAUGGACUUUCCAUCUUUUUUACACUUUGUAACAUCUCCCGCUGUAGUGUAUACCCGUGGUUAAGAGAGUUGGUAUAAACAAGUCAUUAGCUAAUGAAAGUUUUACGUUGUAGAAUAUUCUUUCACAAUAUUGUGUUCAAAGUGAGAUAUAUUCUCUAAUUGUGUUUUCAAAAAUAAUCCAUUUUAUCAACCAUGCCUUAAAGGGGUUUUCGCAACUGUUUCACCCUAAGAGGUACCCAGGGCAAACAUUAUAAUAAAUGAGGGCUUCGAUUUGGAUUUCUUGUCCGAUCUCUUCGGGAGGCGAGAAAUAUGCGAGGAGGGGGCGGCCCCCGGGAUCUACACUCCGACGCCCAAAUUAGUACGCAUAUAGAUGAUAGUGUAUGUGCAUGUAGAGAGAUGGUUUUAUAGAGAGAGACCUCCAGUGGUGUCUAAAAAUGAGAGGAAGAGAAGGGACCCCCCUGACUUGGAGGGCCUUGGCCUCCUUAUAUAGGAGUCUUGGGCUUCAUUAGUGGGCUUGGACCCGAAUUGAGACGCUUAGCGGUGGACUUGGGCUCAUUAGUGGCGUAUUUGGUUGACGUAUUAGGCGGAUUAAUACACACCCAACAACAACCAACUAUUACAUUUUAACAAUCCUCUCUUAAGAGCAUCCACAUCAAUGGUAUUUGCUCAAUUACAAAUCUUACAUGACACUCAAUAUGCAAUUGCAAAGGGGAUUGCACCAAUGUAGUGGGCAAUUACAAAUAUGCAAGUUUGAAUUAAAUGAAAUUUAAAAUGCAAGCCAAAUAGGAAAAAUAAAAUAUAAUUUUUUUCUCCCUCUUGAUUUAUUUAUUUUAUAAUUAUAAAGUCAUUAAACUCUCAUAUAUGCAAUUGCAAGUGAAUUGCAUUGAUGUAGGAGCAAUGAAAUAAAAGUGAGUUGAAUUACAUUAAUUUUGAAAUGAAAAUAUAAAAAUAAUAUGAAAUUAGUUUUGCAAUUUCAUUGAUGUGGAUGCUGAGCUUCCGCAACCAACCAAUAUUACUUUUGAUUUUAUGGGCAAGUUAGUUCCUUGUUCUUAUAGAUCGGGAGUGGGUUUCUCAUCGUCCUUAUGACAAGUAUUUUAAAAACAUAUUAUUCAUUUUGAAUAAUGAAUACCUCGAUAAUACGAUAAUAGUCAUGUCGUGGUGCAAUCUAUUGCUACCCAUUUGGAUUUGAUAUCUUGAGUGAUAAAUAAAAGGGGUUCCUCUUAUGUAAUACAAAAAGGCCACUAAAACAUCUUCUCAUCUCGCAAGUCAAAUUGGAGUAUGUUGUUGCACAAGGAGUCAUUGCGCUAGGGCUUAAAGCAUAUGUAUUUUGUAUUCAUUGAGCAAAAUAGAUUUUAAUUGGAUAACAUUAACAUAUAUGAAAACAAUAUUGAUGUUGUCAUAAAGCGCUCAUAUUAUCAUUAUGAAUAUACAAAGUAAAGUUGUAAUAGCCAUCCUAUUGCGAAAAUUUCCCCAUUGUUUUUUCUGGAGGAAUUUGAGUCGUGUCUCAAUUCUAGUGUGACGGAUCAUCCUCUCAUACCAGGUAGGGGUGGGCAACGGGACGGGACGGGUACCCAUAUUAGGACUGUACAAUCCCAAGUCCCAUCCGUUUAAAAUAUUACGGGUAAUAUGGGUACCCGUAACCCUUAAAAAACGGGACGGGUACGGGUAUACCCAAAUACAUGUUUCCCGUUGCCCACCCCUAAUACCAGGUAUUGAUCAUCUCUUGUAAAUCUAAGUUGGUCUCAAUACCGAUUUCAAGAACAUAAGGAAUUGAAGAAGCAAACAGAUUAUGGAUAUGGAUUUCAAAUGAAGGGCAAUACAUCGGGAUUGUUUGGAUGGAGUAUUUGUGUGAGUUAUUUGGGUUCAAAUAACUCAAUCUGUCCUCUCAUACCAGGUAUUGAUCAUCUCUUGUAAAUUUAAGGUGGUCUCAAUACCGAUUUCAAGAACAUAAGGAAUUGAAGAAGCAAAGAGGUUAUGGAUCUGGAUUUCAAACGAAGGGCAAUACAUCGGGGUCGUUUGGAUGGAGCAUUCAACUCACACAAAUACUCCAUCCAAACGACCCCGAUGUAUUGCCCUUCGUUUGAAAUCCAGUAUGAGUUAUUUGGACACAAAUAACUUAAGGAGUCGUUUGAAUUGAUUGUUUGAGGGUGUUAUUUGGGCCUAAGUAACAUGUUUGGAUGGAAUAAAAUUGGUGUGUUAUUUGGAGUGUGUUAUUGUGAGAAUAACACAUUUGUGGUGUUUGCCAAAUAAUUGAGGGGGUCAGGUAUUGUCCAAACACCACAUUCUUGUAUUUUUCAUUCCGAUUCUAUCCUCAUUAUUUUAUUGCUAAACCCAUACUACCCUUGCUUUAUCUGCAACACCUUUUCACUUUCCUUCUCCAAAGAAAAACGAGUAUGCUCUUCUGACUUGUCUUUUCGAUACCUCUUUUCUUACUGAAACACAAGCAGCUGAAGCAAAGGGAGCAUAGUCACCGUCUGAUUCUGCGUUCGUCGAUGUUGGCGUAGGCUUAGACAACUCGUUUGGUGGUGCUGCGUUCUACGCAGAAAGCAUCUGAAGUAUCAGGUACGCCUUCUCGUUCUAAGGGAAAAUAGGGUUUGCUCCAAUCGGAACUUCCCCAAUAAAGAUCGAUCCUUCCUUUUUGCUUCUUUGGAGAUUCUGGGUAUUUGUUUCUUCUAUGUAGUUGGCCAAUGAAGUGACCCGAAGUUUGUUCAUCUGCUUUCUCUCCAAUGGAAUUUUGUUUGUUAGCUUGUGAUUGCUUGUCUGGGUAAUUUGUGAAGGCAUUGAACUUGUAUGAAUGAUAUAGCAUAGGGUUGGAUGUUUGGUUCCGUCAAUUGCCUGUGAAUAUGUAACUGAUAAAGUGUCUCUUUAUUUUUCAUAUAAUAGGGAUGACACGCUUACCUACCUUUUCUCCAACACGUAGGUUCAUGUGGUAGCAGCAAUUAGCUCUUUCAUAAACUUGAUUAUGAUUUACGUAAAUUUAGGUAUGGGAUUAGCCGAGCUCAUAGAAACACGAAAAUCUAACCCAAGCGGGUGGGGUUGGGACCCUAUACGCUGCCAUAUAUUGGCUGAUGACAAGUCCUUUGAUGACUAUGUGAAGGUCCAUACACACUGCAAGGGAAUGAACAAAAAACCAUUUCCACAAUUUUGGGCACUCGAGCCAGUGUUUGCCAAAGGUCGUGCUAAACUGCUAAUGGUGAAACUGGGUUCAUCGGGAAUGAUGGAAACUCGUCCUAUACUAGCGCUGAAGGUGAAGAGCCGCAACCAGAAUGCUUUGAGGAGUCUGUCCCUUUUCAUGUCGAGGACUUUAACAAUGACACUACAGAGGAAGUAAUGGCGGAUAUCAUAAAUGAAGGGGUUGAAGCUCGUAACUGCAGCAAGAGGAAGCACUCAUCAAAGCCUAAUUCGACAAAAAAGAAGAAGAAAGGGCAAGCCGAUGAUAGUACCUCUGAAGUUGUAGCUGAGAUGAGAGAGAUGAGGUCACUCAUAGACCGAUCAGCUGAGACGAUUGCUCGCGCUUUGGGUGAGAGCGAGUUGCAAAACACUAUGCGACUCGAUUUGAUGAAGAAUUAAGAGAAGCUCUGUCUUACCAGUUCUCAAAUGGUACUUGCUUGCAGAAGGCUUAACAACAUUCUGGGAGACUUAAAGACCUUCUAUAAUAUGGAAACAGAGGAGGACAAGAUGACCCUUGUGCUUGAUAUUCUGUCUAUGUGAAGAUGUGGUUUGCUUGUCUUAGGAUUAGUGAUGUCUUUGUCCAGUUUGCAAAGAGUCUUUUGCCUAUGUAUCUGUCAUUAUAAAGCACUUGUAAUGACAGUCUUUGCAAACCUAUGACAAGCAUCUAUUUUGUAAAGUGCUAGAUGGUUUAGAAAACAGAAACUUAUGGUAGAUAUGGUGUAAAUGGAAUGGAAAUGCAUAUAUUUAUAUAAAUUGCAGCUUGUGUUUUUCUUUUUUUAGGGAUUGUUGCUUUACUCUGUUGGCGUACGUAUGAAUCUUUCUAGGAUUGUAGCCCCCAGUUUGGCUUACUGUAAAUGAAUGAUGAAUGAAGGUAGAAACAAAAUAUUGAGGAGAAGAUGGAGAAACAGAAGCCAGAACACACUUUUGUUGGGAACUCUCGAUGAACAAGUGUAGGAAGGGAUCAAUUGUGUGCUUUAAUUUUUUACAUCUUUACAAAGGGUAGUUUGGUAUUUUCUAAGUUUGUGUACCAAAUAGCACAUCACAAAAUAACACAUCUCUAAUCCUUCCCAAACAUGAUAUUUGGAACAAAUAUCAUAUACCAAAUAACAAGUAUUUGGCUAUGCGGUAUUUGCUAGGUAUUUGGCCUCAAAUAACAGGUUUUUCAAAUCAUCAAUAACGACCCCUUAAUUGGCAGCAUUUUACGGAAAUGAGUUAUUUGGACAGUGAGUUAUUUACUAUUUGAAAUAACUCAUACCCAUGUGUUAUUUCGAAAUAACUCAUUUUACCACUCUGCUUUUACCAAAUACCACAUGUCAAAUACCACAACUAAACGAAAUACUUUAUUUUAAUUACCACUAAAAUAACAUUGAGAUACCAUAUGAACAAUAAACAAGUUAUUUGACUCUACAAAUAGCAAAUUAACAAUUAACCCAUACAAAUGACACGAAUAAUCUGAUACAAUGCCCCUUUGGGGAAGGAAUCGAUAAUUGGACGGAAAGCGAAAAAUACGAGAAAAUGUGACCAGAAACACUUAACGGGUCGUUUGCUUCAUGGAUUUGAAAAAUGAGGGUUUUGGUAAAACCUGGGUUUUGGAAAACCAUGAAUAUAUGAUGGGUUUGGUGGCAUUAUGGAUUUAAACAAGUCUAUUGUUUACUUGUUGGAUUUGAUUAUGGAUUUUGUUUGAAUAGAUUUGUGGAUAUGAAAUACAAAUUAUCUUGUUACCCUUAUCUAAUUAUAUUUCUAUAUUAUAAUCCAAAAAUUUCAUUAAAAAAAAUCCAACGCAUACAAUGAAAUUUUAAACGCUUU